GUCUGUUCGAACCCUUUUUGUCUCACUUCACAUCACUCUCAACUUGAGCGUCGACAACCUUUUCUAUUUAUACCUGGAAUCAAUAGUACCUUCAUAUGAACCAGAGUCCUUUGUUCCGAAAUGCUCCUCACAGUUUCACCAUCGAUAGUGAUUUGAGAGAGAGAGAGAGAGAGAGAGAGAGAGAGAGAGGGUGAGGGAGAAAUCAGAAAUGGAGGACAAAGUGGUGAUCAUGUCGAGGUUCAAGAGGGUCUGUGUCUUCUGUGGGAGCAGUACUGGCAAGAGAGACUGCUAUCGAGAUGCUGCUCUCGAAUUAGGCGAAGAGCUUGUUUCGAGGAGGCUCAAUCUUGUUUAUGGCGGUGGGAGUGUUGGGUUGAUGGGUUUAGUCUCUCAAGCUGUACACCGUGGGGGCGGCCAUGUUCUUGGGAUCAUCCCCAAGACUCUCAUGAGUAAAGAGAUAACAGGAGAAACAGUGGGGGAGGUGAAACCUGUAGCUGACAUGCACCAAAGGAAAGCUGAGAUGGCCCGACAUUCUGAUUGUUUUAUUGCUUUACCAGGUGGGUAUGGAACCCUUGAAGAGUUGCUGGAGGUGAUAACCUGGGCUCAGCUUGGCAUCCAUGACAAACCUGUGGGUUUGCUGAAUGUGGAUGGCUACUACAAUUACCUGCUCACCUUCAUCGACAAAGCAGUGGAUGAUGGUUUCAUAAAACCUUGUCAGCGGAAAAUAAUCGUCUCUGCUCCGACCGCGAAGGAACUCGUUCAGAAGCUUGAGGAUUACGUGCCUGUACACGAUGGAGUAGUCGAAAAGGCGAGGUGGGAAGUUGAGCAGGUGGAGUUUAAUGCGUCUCUGAAGGCUGAGGUUGCUCUCUAGUGUGCACGAAAAAGGAGAGAAGGAAGGAAUUGGCCUUUUGAUAUUUUGGGAAGAAGAAUCAGAAUCUCUUUGUUCUAUGACCUUUUGGGAUUUCUCCUUUUUCUUCUUUUUGUUUGGUAUGUGUAUAUGAUACUGAAAAAGGGCUGAAAAAGUAAAGAAGAAAAGGGGAUCAAAAAGAAAUUCUGUGUAGAUCAUCCAAAUGGUAUUGAACUUUUUACAGGAAAUUAAAGGAAAGAUUGUUCAUUUUUCCCCC